AUGGCUACGAGACAGCUUUUAAUCGCGGCUGCUUUACGUGAAGAACGAUUGGAGCGUAGAAGGAACCGGCGCCGCCUGCGUAAUCAAUUAAAUAUUUCAAAUAUUCCCGAUCUAGAGUUUGUCGGAAAUUACAGACUCAGUCGGGAAUUAUUCGAGGAGUUGUGCCAGGACAUAGUGCCUUUAUUGCCUCCAAAGGAAAGACGACAUGGAAUCGAGCCCACACUUAAAAUACUUACUGCUUUGAACUUUUAUGCCCGAGGAAGUUACCAGGGAUUUUAUGAUAAAUAUGGGCUACCCGCUGUGGUGGGGUUCAUCGAUUGUUCACAUGUAGCUAUAGUGAGGCCUUCGGAGCACGAGGAACAAUAUUUUAAUCGAAAACAUUUUCAUUCGAUUAAUACUCAAGUUAUAUGUGACAGUGAUUUAUUAAUUACAAAUGUUGAUGCUUCAUAUGGUGGAGCAACUCACGACGCUUAUAUUUGGAGGGAAUGUGAGAUAAGAAACCACUUGGAGGGUCUCCAGGAUGAAACAGUUUAUCUAUUAGGUGAUUCUGGUUAUGCUCUAAGGGAGCAUAUGAUGACACCUGUAGAUAAUGCUGUUGAGAACUCUCCAGAGGGAAGGUACAAUUACCUCCAAAAACGUGCACGCUGCACCAUAGAACGCACAUUUGGUGUAUUGAAGGGUCGAUGGAGAUGUCUUUUGGCAGCUAGGGAACUCCAUUACUGCCCAGAAACAGCAGGUAAAAUUAUAUUAGCCUGCUGUGUUUUACACAACAUGUGUAUAAGGGCUGGUAUUGAAGGUGCCGAGUUGACUGAAGAGGAACACCAAUCGGAGAGAACCAGGCAGGUUCCCUUUGAAACAGCCGCAUCUUCUACUCAAGCUCUACAGGCAGGUCGAAGGGCAAGGAAUUCAUUAAUACAAAUGUUAGAAAGGAACCGGAGAUAA